GUCGAAAUUAGAAUCCUCUGCAGGAAGCUAACAAGAACUAAGUACCUAAACUGUCCAUCGACUCCUGGCCGGGGGUUGCUAUUCCCGCCUCCUUCUCGCCACUGCAAAGCAGAUCCGCUUAUAACUAUUCGCCUCGCUGCUGUUUGCCUCUCGGUGCUUUUCAUUAUUCUCCCUCAUUGCCUCUUGAUCGAGUCUGGACUUUUCUCGUUAUUGUCAUUCUGUUCAUACUCACUCACCUAUUGGUAAUACUUAAUUCCUUCAAAAUCUCUCCGUGAUCUAUUCUCCGGUAUAGAUCUACUCCAUUCAUCCAUCCGCCUCUGUCUUGGAUACAUCUACAUACAUCACCUCUAUACACCACCACCAUCACUCCUACAAAGAACAUUACUCCCACCUAAUCAGCCACAAUGCAACUCCUCGCUUACCUUCCUCUCGCUCUCUCCACCCUUGGCCUCACCUCUGCCAGUCCCAUCCGCCGUGAUGCGAGCCCAGCCCUAACCUGGCACGUCUCCAACUUCACCACAGGCUGCUCCCCCGGUGGUUGCACCUACAACUUCAACAUCUUCGGCAUUGCCACCGCCAACACUCCCGGAUUCAACACAACCUGCUCGGGCACGGACACCGCGACCGACCUCACCUCGUGCGCCGAUCCUCAAGUCCGGUCGCGGGUCCAGCCAGAGACGUACCCGCAAUGGAACAUUCGGGUUGAACAUGCCUGGACCAAGCCGGGCGACAUGGAGUUCUAUGAUUUUGGAGAGACGAAUGUGACCUCGCCGUCGCGUCAUUUCACCAUCCCCGUGACGGAGGAGUAUGGUGUUGCUUAAGCCCCUUGAAAGGGGGAUGACCAUGAAGGGAGGCGCUUCGAUGACUUGAGGUCAUGACUGCGCAUAGAGUCACUCAAUCUAGAAUUGAGCUGGAUGAAAAGAAUGUUUCGUUUUGUAUCAUAUUGGAUGUUUGAUUCCGUUAUAUCGGGCUGGCUACUAUCUAUGACCUGUGAUUGUGAUUGUGAUUGUUAUGGUUAUGGUUAAUGGGUUGAGUGGGGGAUCCUAAUGGCUGGUUACAGGAUGGU